AUGGCUUCCAGGUCAACAAAUAUGCCAGAAGAAUUCAAUAUAUAUUAUCUUCUCAAGGGUGCCUUUCCCUGGCAGACUUCGGAGGAGUCUAUGGAUGUAUCCAGAGAUGACACAAACCCACAAUACCAAGGACUUACCGGCCUGCGUAAUUUAGGCAACACAUGUUAUAUGAAUGCUGUAAUUCAGUGCCUGUGCAGUGUAUCCCCGUUGGUGGAAUAUUUCCUCUCUGGAAAAUAUGUAGCCUCGUUAGACAAGAACCAUUUUGGAGAUCUGGAUGGUGGCCAUUAUACUGCCUUCUGCAGACACACUCUCAGCCAGAACUGGUACAACUUCGACGAUUCCCAGAUCAACGAGAUCCCAGAAUCCUCCGUGCAGACGUCUGCCGCCUACCUUCUGUUUUAUAGCAGCCAAGCUUUCUCUGCGCCCGUCAAGAACCAGAAUGUAUUUGAUUGUCAAGGCAGUUACAAAAAGAAACUUAAAACCGACAUCUACUAUCCUUUAAAUAACCUGGAUUUGUCUCCUUAUAUAUAUCCACUUUUUCGGAAAAACCCAAAAUACAACUUAUUUGCUGUCGUGGUAAGUGAUUCUAGCAUUCUUCCAGGAUGACAUUUCAGUUUUCUGUAUGCAAGGAUGUUCACUCCCUAAAAAAUAAUAAAA